AUGGCAAAAGAACCAGGACUAAGGAUGGAGACAAAGAAUGAGACAAUGGUCCUGGAGUUUGUGCUGGAGGGGUUCCACGUGGCUCAGCACCUGGGCAAGGUCCUCUUCCUGGUGCAUCUGCUGGUGUAUCUGGCCUCGGUCACAGGAAACACACUCAUCAUUGCCAUCACCUGGACCCAUCCUCACCUGCAGACCCCUAUGUACUUCUUCCUCAGAAGUUUCUCCUUCUGUGAGUGCUGUUUCAUAUCCACCGUAAUCCCCAAGCUGCUGUCUAUCUUUCUUUUUGGAGACAGAGCAAUUCAUUUCACGCCUUGUAUCAUACAAGCUUUUUUCUUUUUGUUUAUUGGGUCAACAAUCUUCUUCCACAUGGCUGCGAUGUCCUUGGAUCGCUACCUUGCCAUUUGCAAGCCUCUGCACUACCCAACCAUCAUGAACCCCAGGGUCUGUUUCCUUCUGGUUUUCUUCAGCUAUGUGCUUUCCUUCAUCCUAAUAACUGGUGUAAUUCUGAAGCUUUCCUGGUUGUCUUACUGUGGCUCCAAUGUCAUCCCCCAUUUCUUCUGUGAUCUUGGCUCCUUAAUUCAUCUCUCUUCUUCAGACACCAAAUCUCUUGAAAGAAUGGCAUUUGGUGUCGCUUUGUUUGUCCUGUUCACAUCUGUCAUUACAGCUGUAUUUGCAUACAGCAACAUACUAAUCUCAGUAAUGCGUCUUCCAUGUGCCAAGGACAGACAGAAAGCUUUCUCCACCUGCUCUUCCCACCUCAUUGUCCUCUCUCUAUGUGUGUUUAUCUAUGCGAAACCAAAGCAAACAAGUAGGCUAGAAUCCAACAGAGAGGCUGCUCUUGUGAACACGGUGGUGACACCGCUUCUGAACCCUGUCAUCUACACUCUGCGCAACAAGCAGGUCCACCAGGCUCUGAGGAAUGCACUGUCCAGGGUGAACUUACAGAAAUAG